GGUGUGCACCGAGCUGACUAGUAUGUUAGACGCUAGGCCUCUCGACCGGCGCUGGCGUUUUUAGGGCCUGUGCUCGGGCCGACGUGGCCGUGACGCUGCAUUGACGUGAUCUAGGGAGCGUCAACAGCCCAGCAACGGCCGCGGACACUCAAUUUCUACGCAGGAACCCUGGCAACGCCCUGAAAACGCGACAACGUAUUUGAAACCAGUGCGGACGCCGGCGCCGUGAGCGCCGCAGCCAGGAUUCAAAGAACGCCAGCGCACGACGCACGACAGUCCUCGUCGACGCCAGCGCGCACGACGCAGAAAUGGCCCAGUUCACCCUCGACCCCGAGGCGUUAGCGGGCAAGUACGAAGCGCUACGGGAGGAUGUGCAGGGCGACCGCGACGUCAUGCACAAGCGCAUAGCCACGCUCGAAGAGCUGAAUAAGGAGGCCCACCGCAAGUACGCCGAGCUCCAGAAGAAGGCUCAUGAAUUACAACAGCAGGUCGUCUUCGCGAAGGCUGGUGUUCCUACAUCCAGUAAAGGCAUUCCGAUGAUGACCGCGACGAAAGCCCCCCUCCAGAACGUCGAGAACGUCCCGUCCGGCGAAAAUAUCCCAUCGUUGAAGCGGGAGACCCUCGCGUCGCCGUCUUCGGAAGCGAUGCAGCAGACGGUCCACGUCCUGGCGGAGACCGAGGUCGCGCUCCAGGAGGCGCGCCAGGAGCACGAAUUGUCCACCCAAGCUCAUCAGUUGGAAGUCGAUAAUUUGCUCGAUGCCCUGGAAAAGAAGGAUAGGGAGCUGCGGGAACAGGAUGUCAGGAUUGAAACGUUGCUGGCUUUCGUGCCGGACAAGGACGUGGCCAUGGUCUUCGACGGCUCGGAUAAGCCGCCCACCGUGCAUGAUCUCGAUGCGGAUCUCGAUGCGAUUGCGGAUGGUACCGUAUCACCGAGACACGUGGGUAGACCAGUGAUAGUAGCGCGGUUCCCGCAGAAGAGCGCGGAGCCGUCGUCGAUGGAUAUUCGGGGCGGUCGCGGUGAAAUGAUAGAGGCGCCUGAUGAAGCCAUCGCGAACGCGCCGCAUAAACCGCGGCCGCGGGCCGAAAAAGAGUGGCGCGCGGCAGCUGAAAGAAGGCGGAAGGAAGCCGCGGCGCAGGAGGCGCCGGAACGCGCCCAGGAGUCUGCCGUAGAGGAAACGAAGGAGGUCGUCAAGCAGGAAACUACAAGGGAGGUGGUCAAGGAGGACGCGACUGUGACUCGUGAGGAGGCGCCGACGCAACAAGCGCCUCCUACGAAGCAAGAACCGACGAAGAAGAAGACGGCGUCGCGGUGGGGCGGCGCGGUCAAACAGAUCGCCGAGAACCGAAGAAAAGCUAUCGAGGCCGCGCACGAAGAUGCGCUGAGAAAGCGCGACAAGCAGCUCGAGGAGCUUCGUGGGGAAAUUGAGAAACUGACGGAGGACAAUAAAGCGAAGGACGAGCGGUUGUAUGCUGCGGCUCGGGACGUGGUCGAUGCCAAACGCGAGUCGGUCGACGCGCGCGCUCGGCUCGGACGGGCGGAACUAGAUCUAGCGGUAGCUCAUCGAGCAACUCGAAGCGAGUCGGUGAAUCUGAGGCAGAGGUACGAAAGGGAAGCCCAGCAGGCUCGAUUGGCUCUGCAGGCGGAGAUUCGGGGAGCUACCGUGGAGAUACGGGAAGAUAGAGAUGCUGCUUUGAAACGGUUAGAACAUGUUGAGAGUUUACUAAAGGCGCAGGGCGGGUCCGAGAACAAACAGUUAGUAGCGACGAAGCGGGCCAACAAGGUGCUGAUGAAGCGCGUCGAGAACGUCAACAUGUUGCGGAAGAAAGAAAAGGCGGGGUUUGCACAGGCUUCUGCGGAGCUCAAGAAGGAGAUCGAGAAACUGCAGAAGGCCCUCAAGAAGGCUACCCAACCGCAGAAGGAGAACAAUCCUCAGGCGGUCCUGAAGGCGCGGAGGAAGAGCAAGGCGCUCGAGGAGGCGCGGAAGUACUCGUUCGCGGGGCGGCCCGAGCCGUCGCAGUGGUACCCGCGCGGUUGAGUCUAGUAGCGAGUAAUUUCGGUG